AUGUGCUCUGAUUCGGAUCCUUUGACGGGAUUUUUACUGCUUGUUCCCUAUGGUGACCGGAAACUCGCUACCUCAACUAUUCUUAACUUACGGUCUAAGUUAAAUGACCAAAUUGAAUUAAAAGGAUCAGUUAUUGGACCUCUUCAACAAAUCAAGUGCUUGAAGCAGAUUUUUGCGCACACACCUAUCUCGCUAAGGCGAUCCAUGAAGUCGAAAAUAUUUGCAGCGCUUGAGCAAUGCGUGCAGAGCUCCGAAGCUUUGGCUGUUCUAGCAAUACUCCUUGUAAUAAUAGAAACCAAUACACUUAGGAAUUCUGAUCGGAGUGAUUUGGAGGUGGCUGAUAUAGUUAACACCCUGCCUACUUUAAACUCUGUUGUAAGCAAAAUUACGCAGGAUUUUUUAGCACAUCGGACUAACUUGCUUUCACUUCGUGCCUGGACCAUUGUGAUGCUUGUUUAUGCUUAUCGUCAGUGUCUUGUUUGGGGCUCCCACCAAGAUUGCCUUGACCUAGAGGAGGCAUCCCUUCAAGAACGCGUUCCUUUGGAUGCCGAAAUAGUUUCCUCACCAUCCGUUCCCAAGCUACUCAAAAUCGCUUUUGACUGCCAAGUAAAUAAUCGCCCUCCCCUCAUCCCCGUUGAAGGUUACUUAUUAAAUGACCUAUUGUUGGUGAGCGCUUUUUCUGAUAGCACUGAAAAGUACGUCCGACGACAAGAUGAAAACGUUUGUUACAAUAUGUUGGAAAAUCGUUUUGAUUCUAUCUGUUCUUCUCUCAAGCCGGCUAUCCAUUUUAAAGCUUCUGAGAAUAUCGAUACUCUACCUCCUAUUGCAGAACUUCAUAACUUUCUAAGGUCAUUGGACCUAGUAAAGGUGCAGAAGUAUUUACAAAUAGUUGAAAGACGAAUACUUGACGAUCCACCACCCAGCGAUGACAUGAAACAGAUUUGUAAAGAGCUUAUUCUCGGAGCUCCCACCAUUCUUCUUCAGGCAGUAGGUGAAAUUGAUGAGGGCUCUGAAUCCUCUGCAGAUUGCAAAUCGAUAUAUUGCAGUUUCCUUUGUGGGUUUCUUCGUGUAUGGAUUUACGCUUUGGAGAGGCGCCUCAUUUUGGAAGUUGUGCCACAGUCUUACCUAUAUCUGUGUGGGUUCAUUAACGUCAGAUUUCAGGCUAUGAAAUUGGAAGAUUUCGUUAAAGUCAUCGGACUCGUGACACAAUUUCUUACUGUCUACCUCCGUGUGUUUAGAUCAAAUGUUCUUGCGUCUCCACACUGGUUUUUGCAGAUGCUCUCCGAUUGUGUCACUGCCAUCAUCGAUCGUUUCUUCUCAGCUUCAGACGAAGAAGAGCUUGCAAAUCUGGAGCACGCUUUGUCCCCAUGCAUAGCCUCAGUAAGCAGAACUUGGGUUAGUUUGAGAGCAGACGAACCAAACUCGCGACCGGAACUAUCGCGCGCUGUUAAGGGUAUCCUUGACACCAUAGCGGUGCGUAUUGCGUCCACAACAGUUUCUCAGGCUUGUGGAAAGCAAAAGAAAUGGAAGGAUACUUCCUCAGCCAACGAUCAUCGGGUAUGCACAGCUCUACGCCCACAGGUGCGACAAAUGCUGAAUCAAGUGCUGGUCUUUCCUAUUCUUGAUGUGAUUGAUCCCUGGGCACUGCAGCAAUCGCGUGUCGGACUGAAACCGGCAGCGGCCUGUGAAGUAUUGCGCGCUCUGGUAGUGAGUCACGGAGAGCAACAACAUUCGGUUAGUGGAGGACAGGGUACGACACCAUCAAGGGGUUCGAACAAUGUGGCUUUCGGUCACCACGGCGAAGUCGUAGCUCCAGUAGCCGUUGGUGGGCUCUCCGGGGAACGUCUGAAAGCGAAGGCGGCCGCAAAAAGGCAACAACGCAUUCGCCAACAAAAGCAUUUUAGAAAUCUGUAA